GAACUUCUUCGUAGAACCGUACAAUUAAAGAGGUUCUCAUAGCGUAGAACUCAAUAGGUUUUCAACUAUGCUGGUGUGCGACCAAAUAAGAUUGAUCUCUAGGUUUAAGCUUAAAUACACAGUUCUUGUAUAUGCUAAAUUACGACCAAACAGAGCAGAUCCCUAAUUUUAUAGGUUCCUGUGUGUGCUAAUUUUAGUUAAAUUCAACACUUGACCGCAUGGUGCAGUACCUGUACUGUAAAAUAACUAGAACUACGGGCGUGAGCACUCUCAUUUUCUCUCUGUUAGUAAUGUAAUUAUAUCUCUUAUAUUGGCUGCACUGACAUUCUCGACAUUUCAUGUCAGUGUAUAUAUCAUACAAUUUAGUGAAACUUAACUUACAUUGAAGUUCUACUAUGUGUUGUUUAUAAGUAAAACAUUAGUGUACUUUGUAUUUAAAUAAGUGAAAGAACAUAUAUAAAAGUCAGAAAUGGAUUUUCAAAAUCGUCCAGGAGGAAAAACUGGCGGCGGAGGUGUCGCGUCCUGGUCAGAAAGUAACCGAGAUAGAAGAGAACGUUUACGACAACUUGCGUUGGAGACUAUUGACCUCAACAAGGAUCCAUAUUUUAUGAAAAAUCAUUUAGGUUCUUACGAAUGUAAAUUAUGUUUAACUCUUCACAAUAAUGAGGGCAGUUAUUUGGCCCAUACACAAGGUAAAAAACAUCAAGCUAACCUAGCUAGAAGAGCUGCUAAAGAAGCAAAGGAAGCUCCUCAAACACUUGCUCCUGAAAAACCUCGAGUAGAACCAAAAAAAUUUGUAAAGAUUGGAAGACCAGGUUAUAGAGUAACUAAACAAAGAGAUCCAGAAUCAGGACAACAAAGUUUAUUAUUCCAAGUUGACUAUCCAGAAGUUGCAGAUAAUGUUAUUCCAAGGCAUAGGUUUAUGUCAGCAUAUGAACAGAGAGUUGAACCACCAGAUCGUAAAUGGCAAUAUUUAUUGUUUGCUGCUGAACCUUAUGAAACUAUAGCUUUCAAGGUGCCUAGUAGAGAAGUCGAAAAGGCAGAAGGCAAGUUUUGGACACAUUGGAACAAAGAUACAAAACAGUUCUUUUUACAAUUUGCAUUUAAAAACGAAAAGCCUUCCGUUGGUAAAGUACCACCACCUCCAGUUCCUUUAAUACGACCUGGUUUAGGACCACCUAUGGUACCAGUACCACCACCACCAAGACCACCUAUAUUUAAUCCAGUACCACCACCACCAGCACUUUUAGCUACUGGCAUGCAAAUACCUCCACCACCACCUCAUUUAGCAUAAUUUUUUAUUCAGAUAAAACAACGCGGAAAAAGGUUAUAAAUCAAUAUCGAAAUGUAUAUUCUACAAAAAUAAAAAUGUUUUUUGUACAUAAAAGAAAUGUGAGGUGGCAUUGUUAUAUUGUAUUUUUCUUUGUCCUUUGCUGUUAUAAUUUUGUAUACUUAUUACUAAUAAAAUUAGUAUCCUGAUACUCAAAAAUUAUAAACAAUUUGAAAAUUUCGCUCUUACUAUUAACACGUUGACUGGCACGACACCCGUAUUCGGGUGUCAGCAAAGUUCCUGGUCGGGCCGCGUAACCCAUAUUCGGGUAUUGUUUAUUUGACUACUUACGAAGAAUCCUCGUAGGUAUUUGAAAAGAUAUUCUGUAAUAAUAAAACUGUUGAAUUGUUAUAAAAGUAAUACGAAACUGAUUUAUUUAAAGAAUUAUUUAGAAUGUAAAACUAAGAAAUAAGUUUUCAAUUUUUCUUUUCGACGUUGUAACGAAUUAGGGCAGAGAUUUUAAGUUACGCCGUUCAUUGCUCGGUCAAGGUUCAAACCGAUUUUGUAGAAAGUGGAGAGAUGAGAAACAAAUGCGAAGGAAUGGAAACAAAAGAAGUGAGCUAUCAUUCUAGAGACCACCAUUUGAGCGACUUGCAUUACUAAAAUAUCGAUGGGUGACGGAGAUUCCUUAGAAAACACGCGUGGCAGUCAACGUGUUAAAGAAUAUAUACAAUACUGAUAAAUAAGAAAAAAUAAAACAGUAUCACAGCUUUUUCUUUUUUUCUCUGUUAUUGUUAAAAUUUAUUAAGAAUAUGAACGUAUUAGAAUGUACAGAAGACUUGUUGAUGAACGUUUCGGUUCCUGAAAUGUAAAAGAAGUUUUACUAAUUUAUUUAUGAAAAAAUACAAAAUAUUAUGAAGUUA